GCCUGCGUUUGGAGCCUGGCUCCGGAGAGGCAGGAGGAGAGGAGGGAGGAGGGGAGGAGGCCAGAGCCCGGAGCCCAGACUGCCGGGCGCACCUUCCCUUCGCAGCCCCUUGGCCCUGGAGCGCUCCGUGCUGGGCUCAGAUCACAGGCUCUCAGCCCAGCUGGAAACAAGUGACAGAGAACAAUUGGCGAGGGAGGGGGGAGAGCCCGCGAGUGCUCAGUCCUAAAAAGUGAACCCGCUCCCUGAUUCGCAGAAGCGCAUACCGGCGGCGGCGGCGGCGGCAGCGGCAGCAGGAGCAGGAAAGGUGAAAUUGUUUCCGAAACGAUCCGUGCCCCGUUCCACUCGCCGAGUCCCGGCCAUGGCAUCCGUCCUGGGGACCAGCAGAGCGUCCGGAGGGCUGAGCGGUCAACUCAAAUGCAAGUCCAAGCGGCGGCGGCGGCGGCGGUCCAAGAGGAAAGACAAAGUAAGCACGUUGUCAGCCUUCGUCGCUCCCUUCAAGCACGUGAGCCCAGGGGCCACCAGCACGGAGGACGAAGACAAUCUCAGUACCAGCAGCGCAGACGUGAAGGAAAACCGGAAUGUGAGCAACCUGGAGGCGCGGCCGCUGCCCGUGGGCGACCGGACCCGAGGAGGCCCGCCCGGCCUGAAGAGGAAACGGCCGCUGGAGGAGGGCGGUGGCGGCCCCCUGCGCCAGCUGCACCUCCUCUGGAGGGGGCUCUCGUGGUCCGUGGCGCCCAAGAACGCACUGGUCCAGCUGCAUGAGCUGCGGCCCGGCCUGCAGUACCGCACGGUGUCCCAGACCGGCCCUGUGCACGCGCCUGUCUUCGCUGUGGCCGUGGAGGUGAACGGGCUCACCUUCGAGGGCACUGGGCCCACCAAGAAGAAGGCCAAGAUGCGGGCGGCCGAGCUGGCCCUCAGGUCCUUCGUGCAGUUCCCCAACGCCUGCCAGGCCCACCUGGCCCUGGGCAGCGGCGCCAGCCCGUCCCCGGACUUCACCUCCGACCAGGCCGACUUCCCGGACACACUGUUCAAGCAGUUCGAGCCAGCGGCGCCCAGCGAGGCCUUCCCCGGCCGCCGCCCUGCCGCCCCCGAACGCCUGUCCGCGGCCUGCCGGAGGGGGCGGCUCCUGUGCCGGCCGCUGGACCUGGUGGGCACCGCAGCCCCGGGCGAGAGGAACCCGGUGGUGCUGCUGAACGAGCUGCGCUCAGGCCUGCGGUAUGUGUGCCUCUCGGAGCCUGAGAAGCAGCGCGCCCAGAGCUUCGUCAUGGCCGUGAACGUAGAUGGGAGGACAUUCGAAGGCUCAGGACGCAGCAAGAAGCUGGCCAAGGGCCAGGCGGCCCAGGCCGCCCUCCAGGCCCUCUUCGACAUCCGGCUGCCCGGGCACAUCCCCAGCAGGAACAAAGGCCACCUCCUGCCCCAGGAAUUCGCCGACUCCGUGUCCCAGCUGGUCACGCAGAAGUUCCACGAGCUGAGCGGGGGCCUGGCGGCCGCGCACGCCCGCCACAAAGCGCUGGCGGGGAUCGUCAUGACCCAAGGCUUGGACGUCAGGCAAGCCCAGGUGGUCGUCCUGUCCUCGGGGACCAAGUGCAUCAGUGGCGACCACAUCAACGACCAGGGGCUGGUGGUCAACGACUGCCACGCGGAGAUCGUGGCCAGGAGGGCGCUGGUCCACUUCCUGUAUGCACAGCUGGAGCUGCACCUGAGCAAGCGGCGGGAGGACGGCGAGCGCUCCAUCUUCGUGCGGUCACAGGAGGGCGGCUACCGGCUACGGGAGGACACCCUGUUCCACCUGUAUGUGAGCACGUCCCCCUGUGGAGACGCGCGGCUCAACUCGCCCCACGAAAUCACCACAGACCUGAGCAGCGGCAAGCACCUGGCCAGGAAGUUCCGGGGGCACCUGCGCACGAAGAUCGAGUCCGGGGAGGGGACGGUGCCGGUGCGUGGCCCGGCCGCGGUGCAGACGUGGGACGGCGUCCUGCUGGGCGAGCAGCUGGUCACCAUGUCCUGUACGGACAAGAUCGCCAGGUGGAACGUGCUGGGUGUGCAGGGCGCGCUGCUCUGCCACUUCAUCGAGCCUGUGUACCUGCACAGCAUCGUGGUGGGGAGCCUGCGCCACACCGGCCACCUCGCCCGGGUGAUGGGCCGCCGGCCCGAGGACGUCGGCCAGCUGCCCACCUCGUACCGGCACAACCGGCCCCUGCUCAGUGGAGUGAGUCAGGCCGAGGCCCGGCAGCCCGGGAAGUCGCCGCACUUCAGCGUGAACUGGGUGGUGGGCGCUGCGGACGUGGAGGUGGUGGACGCCACCACAGGGAAGAGGAGCUGCGGCCGCUCGUCCCGGCUCUGCAAGCGCAGGCUGUCCGCCCGGUGGGCGCGGCUCCACGGGAAGCUGAGCACACGGAUCCCAAGCCACGGGGACACGCCGUCCAUGUACUGUGAGGCCAAGCUGGGGGCGUGCACCUACCAGUCUGUCAAACAGCAGCUGUUCAAGGCAUUCCAGAAGGCAGGCCUGGGCACCUGGGUGAGGAAGCCACCAGAGCAGGACCAGUUUCUACUAACUCUUUGAGUCUCUGGACCCGGGCCCACUCUGGCCGAGGCGAGGGUGGGUGUGUGGGGCGUGUCAGGACGGGGCUGGUCCGUUCGUGCAUUCAUUUCCCUUUGGUGUCCCAGAAAGACACACGUGUGCACAGCUCAGUGAGCAGCCAGCCCUGAGUUAGGCACGUGCUGCUCCUCUGCCGGCUGCUCCCAGGGUGCUGGGACCAAGGCAGCCACCACGCCCGCCCGAGGUACCAGGGACUGCCUCCUCCGGGUGCCGAACGGAGUUUCCAUCGGGGCUGCAGGGUCUGAGUGGCCACCUGGAAGGUGGUGCGGAGCGCUCCUGUGGGAAGAGUGAAUCCGGCACCAUCCCCGACGCCCCCUCCCCCACACACCUCCGGUGCCGGGUUCCCGCUCAACCAUGCAGAAGCGCACACGAUAUUCAGGAUAAGCCACAAGUGAAGAGAGAAGCCAUGGGCUCCCCCAGAGAAGCCAGUGAGCGCGCUGUCAGCUCAUGGCCACUCAGUGUUCUAUUCCAUGUCCUUUCAAGAGGGUCUGAGAUACACAAUAUUAAAGGACCCCCAAGGCAGAACCAGAGAACAAGACCGUUCCUGCAGAGCAGAGGAACUGUUCCCAGAGCACCCACGGGCCAAGGUCCAGGGUGUGAAGACACCACUGCUAGACGUCGCGGGGACAGGCCCAUCGCGUCCCCACAGCUGCUCCUCUGGCAGGUAACGGCCCGCCAGCCGUGGAUGAGGUCUGAGCUUCCAGGGUCCUCUACAGCCUAAGGACCUGUGACCCCACCAGGUCACGAGUAAGCAGAGUCCUAGACUGAGUCCUGACUUUCUGAUCAAACUUUUAUUAGGGAACAAGCACAGAAACACACACAACCUUCCCUUCAGGCCCAAGGAGCCCCCAGCUCCCUGGUCCCAGGGGUUCUCUGCUCCCUCCCGCACGACGAAGAAAGCUCACUUAGAGCAGCCGCAGAAGUGCCAGAGGCAGGGCGCUGCCACCGUCAGGUCCUCCAACACACAGCCGGGCACAGGCCGCCUGGGCUUUAGCCCUGGGGCCGGUGCAGGCGCCCUGUCCACGCAGCGGGGCAGCACCCGGUCACACCCCGUCCAUCACAUGCUUCGAGGCGCUUGGUUGCAGAGAACUCACUUCUGGCUCCACACUCCAGCUAACCUGCCUCUCGUCCCUCCAACUAAAAGGUUCGUAUCUGAUCCAUUGCGCUAAUAAACAGCACAGCGUCAGGCCGCCACCCUGGAGUCCAGCCAGCCACCCCGGGCGCACAUCCUUCUGGGGACACAGGCCCCCUCACCUGACCCAGGGGACGCCAGCAUGUCACCACGCGUACACACUCAAGGACACAUUACAGCUCUCAUAACAAAGGGGCAAACGCCAGACAGGGUGAGUUGUAGGCACUUGUUACCAGAGCCCAAGUAGAUUGACCAGUAAGGAAACAAACUUGCCCCCAGAUUCAGCACAAGGUCAGACUCACCAGUCCACUGCUUUUAGAAGAGAAAACAGCUCUGAAGUAGACAGUUUCUUCAGGAUAGUUUCAAGAGAUACAAAAAUGUUUUUGAAAAUAGAUGACAUACGAAUCUUUCAUAAAGUUUUAAAAAUAAAAUAGAAUCUUAAUUCAGUACAAAAGCUAGGAUCAAAAGGCCACUGUCUGUCAGUUUCUGACAAUCUGACGCGUCACCAGGAUGAAGCUCAGAGAACCAACGACCGUGAGGGCUGGCUGUGACUGAGACACUCUGGACACCAGUGUCUGGAGCUACUGGCGCUGGAGGCACAGUCAAGCCCUGGCUGAAACCUGUGCCCGGAACCUCGGCUCACCAGCGCUCUGAGCUGCUGCCUGGAGACGUGUGCCCUGCUUUUUGUCCACGUGCUCCUGCCCCGGGGGGGGGGGGGUAGCCAGGAACAGGUGGGCUCAAGGGGCGGAAGGCGCCCGCCCACCCACAGUGAACACUCCCACAGGGCCCGGCCCGAGGCUGGCUGCUCUCUCUCGUCUGAAGCACUGGCGCAGGGGUUGGUGUGUCCAGUUCGCAGGGACCCAGAGGGGAGGGUCUGCAGAGCAGGCCUGUGGGGGAGGGUUUCUAGUGCAGCAGGAAGUCCCUAGGGCCUGGCGCUCUGCCACGGAUGCGGGGGUCUGAGUGAGGGGGAGACGGAGAGAGAGCAGGGGAGGACAGGACCUCGAGCUCCAGGCACAGAAGGGUAAAGGCGGGGGGAGGGCUGGGAUGAGCAGAGGCUGAGAGGAGGCAGGUCCCGGGGCUGGAACACAGGGCUCCAGUCAGGUCCGCCCAGGGAUGAGGCCCAUCUGCUCUGCUCCAAAGUCCCACGGGAGCCCCAGACUGCUUCGGGGGGUCUGCCUGAAUCUUUUAAUUAGAUCAGUGAGAGUGCAGAGGAGCACACGCACCUCACCACCCGAGGCCUCUGUAAGGAGAACACACUUGAGUUGCCCUGAAAACAGGAUGGAACCAACAAAAGGGGGGCUGCCCCCACCCCGUCCACUGAAUCUGCCUCAAAAUGACCACCCUGCACCUCUGUGCUGCACUGCCCGCGGGCCCAGCAUCCUCUGCUUUCAGCUUCCUCCCAGGAAAGUCAAAAUAAAAUCCACAGCACCUCUGUCCGCCUCCCAAGCACGCACUGCUCCCUCGGGGAGAGCAGCGCGAGGUUCCCCACCUGGUUCUCAGCCAAAAAGCAGGGGCCGUGUGAGCCUCCGUGCAGGACUGGCCGCAGAGGGUCAGGACAGCCCACGGCCCCAGUGACGAAUGACAGCGACCUCCUGUGUUUAGGGUCUCUCUGGGUUCUGCUUUUGCGGUUCCCCAUCUGUACACCCCCAUCUCGCCACGACCGAUGCUGUGAUGUCCGCUGUUGGUCAGAAACGCCAGCUUGAGUUUCUUUUCAAGCAAACACAGCUCGUAUUUUUCCCACAUAAUUUCUUUUUCACUGAAACCUGUUCUUACCAAUAAAGGUAAAUGCUUUUUCGGGGGGGGGGGGGUACAGUGUUUAUCAAGACUGGAGAGCCAUAAACAGCAAAUACACGGCAUGUCAAUGCCCAGGACAGAACAGUUAGAGUAUUUUGAUGAAAUCCUAUUUUUAGAUUAAAAAUUUCAAGAUGUGUCUAUAGUAUCUUGUUUAAAAAAAUUAAAAAGAUCUUUGAAACUUAAAUAAAGUAGACAUUUUUAAUUUAGACAAACUUCUAUACCCAUUUUUUAAGAAGCCAUUCUAAUGGAACCAUCUAAUUGGCCCAAAUACAAUAAAUGUCACUUUCUAAUAAGACCAAAGGGAAGUUAGGAAAAUCUUCCUUUCUCCGAACCACCUUUGAGGCUAUGACCUUUCCUGGCAGAAGCCUCGUGUACACUCAGCAGAGCCUGCCACCCAGCCAGCCCCCAGUCCUGCAUGUUUUAAGGGCUGUCCCAGUUCUGGGUCUUGGAAGGUGCAGUGAAACACGAGGCCCUGUGGCUCAGGAGGGGCAGCACCUGGCUGGGUGACCACCCUCCCAGGUCCUGCUGGUGGCGGAUGCCCCCACAGACACAUGAUGGCUGUGGGGAGGGGCCAGCUGGGGCGCCGGCCGCUGUCCAUGGUCCUGAGUCCCUCCCGGCUGCAGCACCGCAGGUUCUGGGAGCGCUCGGCACAAUUGCCCCAAGAAUUCUGAUUCAGAUCCAGUAAAGGGUUGGGGUGAGGGGUGGGAAGGAAGGAGCACGGACAGAGGCAGGCCACCCGAGAGACGGCCACAGGGAACCAACAGCACCCCCCCAGCUCUGGGGAGGUGGGGGACAGGCGCCACCCCUGGGGCCUCCUGCCGCUCUGCCCGCCUCUUCCAACUUCUCUCCCCUGUUCCUCCCUCCCCUCUCUCCCCUCCUCGUCCUGAACUCCUGAUCCCUGGUGCAACUGAGGGCCCAGCCUCAGGCACGUGAACCCGUGAACCUCGGGCGGGUGUCGGCCGAGCUCCACUUGGCUGAGCCGUGGUCACGGCUUUUUCAGCACGAGGGGGCCCCUGACUUCUUGUCCGGGGGACCUGCUAGCGACCCUUCAGACCCCCAGGGCCUGCCCUGUCCGACCUCCACCAAAAGGGACACCGAUGCCACAUACCUAGAAAUUUAGACCAAACAAUAUCGCUCCUGCAGGGACGUGCAGGCAGUACCCACUUCCUACCUUGUUAUUCCAGAGUCAGAGCUGGAGGCACGGAACAUCCUCUCAGGAUAAAGACAGACGAUCUGGAUCGCAGGGCCUCUUUUCACACAGGCACUAACUUCCGUCACUCUACAGCACAUGCGUCAGGAACAAAAGGGAAACGACUUUCCCAGCAGGGCCCAGUUAACUUGCAGCAUUUUUUAAGCAAAACGAACUUAACAGUAAUUCCUAAGUGAAGGUAUGUACGUGAAAAGCAUGAGUGGACGGCACUACUGCACCAAUGGAUGUACAUUUGUAAUAUUUGUAAAGAAAAAAAAUCCAAAACCUUCAAUUUUGAAUUUACAUGUUAAUUUGCCUCUAAGUUCUGUAAACUGCACUUCAGCGAGAUCUGAUAAGUGAAUGUUUCUGUUAAGUGAAUAAAAACACCCAGUAGACUGUGCCUCCCUGGGGUGCUGGGC